GGCGGCCCAUCAUUUAUUUAUACGACCCUUUACACUCUGAGAGCUGCUCCCCUCCCUCUCUCCACAAACAAAAAUGGCGAAACCAAAACCGUCUCUCCCCUCCUUCUUCUUCUUCCUCCUCUUCCUCCUACUCUCCCUCGCCGCCACCCCAUCACAGUCCUUCGUCUCCAACCGCCCCGAACCAGCCCCCACCAGCUUCAUCGUCUCCUCCUGCCGCGCCACCCGCUAUCCGGCCCUCUGCGUCCACUGCCUCGCCGCCUACGGCCGUGCCAUCCAGCGGAGCGACCACCACCUCGCCCAGGCCGCCCUUAUCGUCAGCCUCGCCCGGGCCCGCUCCGCCGCCUCCUUCGUCGUCAAGCUGUCCCGAGCUCGCCGCAUCGAGCUCCGCGAGCUUCAGGCCGUGAGGGACUGCGUCGAGAACAUGGGCGACUCCGUGGACAGUCUCGCCGAUUCGGUGAGGGAGCUCGGGCGCUCGGGUCGGGUCGCGGGCCAGGACUUCCCGUGGCACAUGAGCAACGUGGAGACGUGGGUGAGCGCCGCGCUGACGGACGAAGACACCUGCAUGGACGGAUUCGGAGGUCGGGUCAUGGAUGGGGCCGUCAAGGUGGCGGUGAGGCGGCGGGUGGUGGAUGUUGCUCGGGUGACGAGCAAUGCCCUCGCUCUCGUGAAUCGGUACGCUUCCAAGCAUCUUCCGGCCGCGGUGGUCGAACAGCCUUGAGCGAAGUAGAAGAGAAAUAGGUUUCACCUUGUACUUCGGUGCUUUUUUUUCCCCGUUUUUGUGUAUAACAUGGGAGGUGAGCAGCAGCAGCAGCAGCAGUAGUGUGGUGAGUAUUGUUCCUGGCUUAUUAGACUUCGUCGAUGGAAAACGGCAAAAGGAAAGGAGCAGAACUCAUCUUGCGUUGUUCUCUUGCAAGCGACAACGAACCUCUAAAGACUUCGAUUGCUUUGUUGGCGUGAUAUAGCUAGGGCUCUUACUUGUUUAUGUGAAGUAGACUCGCUGUACGUGUUCGAUUCGCCAUGUCAAAGGUUUAAUAGUUUGAUAUUCCGACCGCUAGUCUCGCGUCUUACUUAA